GUCGAUUAUUUUUUGUUUAUUUAUAUUGUUUUCAUUUACUGUUGCUUCAACCAGGCGAAUGAACCUGGAGCAGACUCCUUCUCCGGUAAUGAGCACAGCAGCCGCCUGAGAUUUUCGCAGUAGCCACGCAACAUGGCUCACUCGAAUAAGGCUCGCAAAGCAGCCAAGGAAGCAAACGCCAAGAAGUCUGCGGGAUCAGGAACUGAGAGCAAACCGGAGCACGCAAAGGUACAAGGCCCAGACGAUCUUGGGGCAGGAAUCCUCACUGGCGACCAGUUCCUAGAGAGCUUGCUCCAGACUCUCUACAGGUCAUGGCUUCAAUUGCGCCGCCUGGCAGAAUUUGUGAUGUCCGAGCUAGGUGGAAAUGAUUUCCUGGAGGCCAUUGCGGCCUGGUGCACCCGGAAUCCCCAUGUUGCCAUCUGCCUGCUAGCUGGUGGUCUUGUAUUCAUGCUGCCCUUCCUCAUAAUAUUUGGCUUUGGAAUAGCCACCAUGGUUAUGACAUUUACUGGUUUGCUAGUACUAGAAGGCACACUCUUAACCAUCGUGUCCAUGGUGUUCUUCGCCUGCCUGGGAGGACUAGCUAUAAUGGUUCCCCUCUUCGGUGUCGCAGCUGUUGCUGCUUAUUUUGGCUUUACCCAGGUGUAUGGGCUUUGUGAUGGAAUGGAGCUCAACAAGAACGCAUGGGUCAAAUUCUUUAGGGAUCAACGGAAGGCCGUCGAUCCUCCGCCAUCCUCUCUGACCAUAACCAAUGAACCUACUUCUACGACUACAUAAGCCAAUAUUACUUGCCCAACUAAUAUAGGUAUUAACAGAUUAAA